CUGUGUUCUCUCCCUGCUGUUUUAGGUUAUGGCUCUGAGCAGACUUCUGACUUUGGGGCUCUGUGUUCUCUCCCUGCUGGUUCCGCCAGGCCAGAUGGAGCAGUGUGAAUGCCAGGGUCCUGGAGGACCACCUGGCCCUCCUGGCCCUCCUGGGCCUGUUGGACCUUCUGGAGGCAUACCUGGACUUCCUGGUCGACCUGGUACACCUGGAGCGAGCGGGCCACGUGGAUAUGCUGGAUUUACUGGAUUACAAGGAGUUCCUGGUACAGUUGGACGUGAUGGAGUCCCUGGUCCACCUGGUCCCCAGGGCCCUGCAGGAGCUACUGACUUAGACCUGGAACCACUGCAAGCAAGCUUGGUCAAACUGGAGUUGGCCAUAAACUAUGACUUCGCCAGAAGAGUUGACAAGAAGUACUUUGUGUCACACAAGAGACAGGGUUCUUUUGACGACGCUGUUCAGUUCUGCACCAAGAGGGGCUUGCUGCUGGCUUUGCCGAAAAACGAGGAGGAAAACACUGCUCUCACUCAAGUACUUGAAGGGGCUUUCAAUAAUGUGUGGCUCAAUGUUGACAAAAGCAAAGAGGGAAAGUUUCAGCUAGAUUUGAAAGGCCAUCCCCUCACUUUUUCCAAAUGGGGAGAUGGGGAACCAAAAGUGCCUAAUGGGGAUAGGGGCUGCACAAUGUUGACAGAGUCAGGUGCAUGGCAGGUGACAUCUGAUUGCUCCUUCAAUGCCUAUAUCAUGUGUGAGAUAUAGGGACACCUCUAUGAAAUGCUGUUUCUGAGUUUACAAUGAAAUCUUUCUUCUCUUCAAUUAGGAUUCUCUAGGUUUUAUCUCUAGGUUUUAUCUCUAGGUAUUAUCUCUAGGUUUUAUCUCUAGGUAUUAUCUCUAGGUAUUAUCUCUAGGUUUUAUCUCUAGGUAUUAUCUCUAGGUUUUAUCUCUAGGUUUUAUCUCUAGGUUUUAUCUCUAGGUUUUAUCUCUAGGUCACUUGUAUUUCCAGUUGUUCUGCACCUUUCAUUCUUUCUUUUAUUCAAAUGAGCUAGUUAAAAUGUGGGGUAGAAUGUAAAACGGAAAGGGAAACUUGUCGAAUAAAGCAACAAACACAUUUACUUUA